UUCUCUUUGGUUUUGCUGUGUUUUUUAUUCCAAAAAAUCCAACAUUUACUUUCUUUAAUUAUUAUUGUUUUUUAAUAUAUUAAACACUGGGUUUCAUUUAAAUAUAAUUGUUUCUCUAUUAUUAUUUUCUUUUAAACCUUGGAUUUUUGGGAGAAUUUUUUAAAGAUUUCUUUUAGGGUUUAAGAUCUGGGAUCUGUGGUAUUGGAUAUCAGCUCAGAUGAAGAACAGGACUCCGAUGAUGUUGUGGUCGUGGGUGAGGUCAACCAAAAGCCGAGGUCAAAAGUCUUGGAGGCGGACAAUGAAAGAUGUGGACGAUGAUUGUGUGGUUUUGGAUGGUGACCCUCAUAAUAAACCUGUUGACUAUUCGGCCAUUGAGAUUGGGUUUGGGUUGGACGAGUUGCUAAUCGUUGGUGAGAAGGGUCAGAUUGCAUGCAGAGACUGCCCUCAUUCCCGGCAUCUUUGUGUCAGUUUUCCUUUCAGUACUACCCCUCACGAUAGACACUGCAACCAGUGUCACUAUUAUGUUUGUGACUCGCUUGCACCAUGUGUAAGUUGGGGCAAUGGCAUCUCCAGUACAGACCAUUGUCAUGCCACUGAUAAAGAUGAGACGUGGAAAAUUCAGAGAAGAAACUUCAAGUUUGGGAAAAAUUGCAACAACAUUAUCUGCUUCAAAAAUCUAGGAUACUUGCUUACCUAGUUCCCUGCCUCACCUUAACCAGGUUGCACCAGUAGUCAAUAUUAGUAGUGCGAGUAAGUCACCUAGCCCAUUAAAACAGAAUCAAGUUUCUAGGCCUGCUGUUGCUAAUGCUAUCCAUGUUUCCUCCUCAUCUAAUAACUUGACUGUAUAUAUCCAAGAAAAAGUUAAGAAGAAAACUUGAAGCUAGAGGAUUUGUUACGACUAACAAUGGAUUCGAGCUAGGAUAUGACUUUGUCUGCAUAUAUCCAACAAACAGUUAGAAGCGGACUCCAAGCUAAUGGAUUUGUUAUGACUAACAGUGGAUGGCAACUACGAUCCAACUUGUCUGCCUCAAAUAUCACAAGUACUCAAAGUUAGAAGCCAACUUCCAGCUCCAGGAUUUGUUAAGAACGAGAACAAAUUCCUACCUCGCUUGUAAUUUUAACAUUUGGAGGGGCAAAUUUCAUCACAUGGAUAAUUUCGAUCCCAAGUUUUUCCAUUCUUGUACAAAUUGUCAAAAGGCCACGAUGAUGUGCAAUUUAGACCAUUAACAA